AUCUGUUCCACGUUGGUGCCGCAAGACAGACUUUCUGCCGAAAUGCCAUUCACUUGGGACUUGGGUUACAGGGAGAUCUAACCACAUCUUCACUCCCUACCACAGAGAAAUCUCGUCAUCUGUGACAUCAAGAUCAAGCGGCAUUUGUUUACACGUACGGCCAGUGAUUGUGGGGCGUUUCCCACUAUAAUUAUCAUAACAAUUGAUUCCCUGGUUAAAGAGAAAAGAAUGUCAUCAGAAAUGUUAGAAGGAGUUUUUGUCUCCAGUGGAGAAGGGGAGUUAUGUCUCCCUACACUGCAACAGAACACAUGCAUGCCUCAGCAAGUGUAUGCCAUCGAUGUCGACAUCACUGAAACAAUGGGUGAUCUCUUGGCUCGUGCUGGAGAAGCCUUGAGUCUCGAUCUAACCCACCACAGAGUUACUGUACUUGGCGAGAGGCAGCUAAACCUCAUGGAUACCUUACAAGAUCAAUGUGGCACCAGAACAGGUCGUGUACAAGUUCAGUUUGUUAUUCUGCCUGGCAAGGAAAAAGAAGAGGGAAACAGAAGAGGAGUGUUGGAUAUUGUAGAUGUUUUGAAGUCUAGUGAAGAGGAGCCAAGCCAAGAGGAAAGAAUCAGAGAGGAUAUAUCUCUUCCUGUUUCACAACCAGAGAAGUCCAAACCAACACGAUGGAUUGUGUCUACAGAAUUCAGAGAAAUUCAGAAAGCUCUCAAAAUGCCACGAGACCCCAGGAAGUGGUCUUCAUCCCAUGUACGAGUGUGGCUGGUGUGGGCACGACAACACUUUCCUGAGGUGGGACCAUACCAAAAUCACCACCGGAACCUUGAUGGAGCCCAGAUGAUGUCUCUCACCCCGUCCCAGUUACAGCAGAGGAAUAUAUUGGUGACCCCUGCCAGUAAUGAACCCAGUAAUGACCUCUUUCUUACACACCGUGAUCUGCUGAGGCAGACUGGUGCAGCUGCUGUGUGUGAACAGCCUGCAGCUCCUCCUCAGUCCAUCCAACAGCAGAUUGCCCAGGUCACCUCAACAUCAGAAAAUAAUCAGAGAUCAACAACAUCAACAGGAUCAAACGCAGCUGGAUCACAACCAAUACAGUUAUGGCAGUUUCUCUUGGAACUUCUGACCGAGCCUAAGCUGGUGAAGAUAAUUUCGUGGUGGGGGUCUGGGAUCUCUGGAGAAUUUCGCCUACACCAGCCAGAAGUUGUGGCUUCCCUUUGGGGACAUCGGAAGGGUCGACCCAAUAUGACAUAUGACAAGCUCUCACGUGCUCUCAGAUAUUACUAUGAAGGGGACAUGAUUGCCAAGGUUGCAGGAAAGAGGUUUGUGUACCGCUUUGUGCUGGACCUCAAGGUUGUUGUUGGUUACAGUGCUGCAGAGCUAAAUGCACAGAUAGAGCAGUGUUUACAGAAUAGGUAGCUAGCUUGAUCCUUAGCUUUCUGGAUUUCAUAUUAGGGGAGACUACUAUGUACAAACUUAUGAAUGACUUAGAUGACCUAGGUACUACCUAUCUGUUAUUGAAAAGGGGAAGUGAACCCAAGGAGUUAAGGAGAUGCAAGAAAUAAAAAAAUGUGAAAAGGAACAUGCCUUAACAACACAAAAAAGUAGUUUUCCCCCAUAGAAAUAAAAGUAUUUGGAAUGAGUUAAUAUGGUGAGGAAAAGUGUGUACAGGAAUUUAUAGAAUAAUUCGAUAAAUAUAGAUAUGGAGAGAGGACCUCAUGGCCCUGUGUACUACAACUAUUUAUAUAUAAACAAAUAUAUUUUGCUGAUAUGCAGCCAAAUGUUCA